UAUAAAUCAACACAGUAGAUGAAUAUAUAAAAUAGAGAUUCUCGCUUAGUUACGCCGUUAGAAGCUUAUUUGCCAUGAAACUGUCAAUACUAUUCGUCUGUUUUGGAUUCAUUGCUUUGGCUGCUGCCAAUUUUGUUACGCAGGUUGGUCCACCAGGUCCGCCAGGGCCGCCGGGCGUACCCGGUCCGCCAGGUCCAAAAGGUGAGAAGGGCGAACGUGGCUCAGAAGGACGUUCUGGUGCGGCUGGACCACAAGGAUCAUCUGGUCGACGCGGUCACACAGGCAGCCCCGGCGCGGUGGGACCGCCAGGUGCACCAGGUUUACGUGGUCCCCGCGGUUAUGAUGGUGAGCGUGGUCCUGAAGGCCCAGCCGGGCCAUUGGGACCACCAGGUCCACCUGGCGCUUAGAGGAAUUAAUUAUUUUUUGUUAUUCAAAUGGACUUAAAACUAACUAGCUGUUGACGAAAUAAGAUGGAAUUGUGAGAAUAACUUAUAUGAAAAUAAAAAAAACCAAGGAA